AUGGACUAUCCCAAAGGUUUGGACCCUCAUGUCUCCAAACAGCACCUACUAUUUCACUCAUUCUCACCACUGGUGUCUUUACAGUCAUCACACAAUGUUGAUCUAUACUUUCAGUCGAUAUUAAACAACGGCAAUGAUGCUUCAUCGAUAUCCACCACUUUGCAAAUUUUCAAGCCUUUUGGUAACAACAUUAAAUAUGCCAUACCUAAUCAACAAUUUAAAAUCACCAAUACUCAACUAAUCACAAAAAGUCAUGAUCACUUCCCCAUCAGAUUUGAUUCUUCUUUACCAGAAAUACUAUCGGUAAUCACUGCUCAACAGCAGGACCGUCAACAAUCACAACAACAACAACAACAACAACAACAACAGAAGCAAAGGAGAAGCCAUGAUGGCGUGAGUGUCUCCAGUAGAGAUCUGAGUUCAUCAUCCACAAGUGACUCUUUGGGGAACAUCCCAAACUUCGCUUCACAUGAUGCUCCACAGUUAGAACAGCUAUUUCGCAUAUCUUCAUUGGAACAGUACUUGCGUCAUGCCGCUAAAAACGAGCAAUCUAAUGAAAAAGACUUGUACUUGACAUUUCUCGACAAAAUCAUUACUUCAAACAGACCAACUGCAUUUGAGACUUUUAAUCACCCAGUAGCUCAAGUGUUUGUUAUUGAUUAUGAUAACGACUCGGUGGAUGACUUACGCAAAAUGAUGGUUGAGUUUAGAAAUUACAACUUUCCAAAGUAUUUCCAAAUUGACGACUUGUUAAUGCAUGUGUUUAUUGUAUUUGAUUCAUCAAAAUAUAAUGCUAAUGAAUUAUCAGGGUUUCAACUGAAUAUCAGACUGAAAUUGAAUAUAGAAUCCACUUUGCUUGCCAUAAAGUCAAGCCACGAUGAAAAGGGAGAACCAGAACCAGAACUAGAAACAGAGACUUUGUCAUUGGUGGAGAAUUGCACAAUUGAAGAGCAUCUACAACGGAUUUCCCUCAAUGAUUUAACAUCGUCAUUUACAAUACCCCAGUCAGUUGACACUUCUAUUAAAUUUGGAGUAAAUACAUUUAUCAACAAGUACCUUAUACCUCACAUGCAGAAUAAGGUACGUGCAUGGGAUGACCAAGUGUUGCAACCCAAGAAGUCAAUAACGGGACGAUUUUUUUCGGCAUCUAGGAAACUUUUCAACAAUAAUAGUGACUCAAAUUUACUUUCAUCAACAUCCACCACAUCAGCUUCACAUAGUCACACGUCAUUUAAUCACCGAGAGAACCAAUACUACAAAUCGUCACCUGAACAGAUAACAAGAAAGCUUGCCGAUUGGUCCUUGAUGCUCAAGGAUUACAAAUAUGCAUACUCAACCUAUGACAUUGUACGUAAGGACUAUAGUAAUGAGCGAGCAUGGCUUUACGUUGCGUCGACUCAGGAAAUGUGUAUCGUAUCCCUAUUGCUACAGCAUACCACAAACUCAACAGUUACACCCGACAGAAACACUUUGCGUCGAAUUAAACAUGACAUAAUUGAACCGUACAUGGAUAAUUUGUCUUAUACAUUCAAGUCGCGAUUCAAUUUGAAAACGUAUAGUAUAGCAAGUUUUGUGAUUGUUGUUGAGUUGCUAUUACUAAUGAGUCAAACUUACCAGCAGUCUAUUUGGUGGUUUGAUCUCAUUGAGAAAUACUUGCAUAAGCUCAUUGUGGAUUUCGAUACUUCAAUGUCUAAUGCGCCUUACUCGGUAAUCAAAGCGCUAUUGCUAGAGAGAUUGGGAUACAACAGUGGGAGGUAUUUCAUAACAUCGGGAAAAUAUUCAGGUCCGGAUGUGGCUAUGAAUCAAGCAAACAAGAACAACAACCCACCAGAAGAGCAAGAAGAAGAAGAAGAAGAAGGAGUGUAUGGAAACAAGCUCAAAUUGCAACCAACGAAAUCAUCAAUGGGACUGACAAAGUUCAGAAUUUCGGCGUUGUGGUACUUACUUUCAAUGAAGGAAUGGCUUGAAGCAAAGUCGAAACUGCAAAUUGAUCGACUUUUGCCAAAUGUGUUGGACAUUUAUCAAGGUCGGACCACUGGUGAGGGCCAUGGUGGCACCCGCAACGCCGCGAAAGAGAGUGAAUUGUGGUUCAAUAGAAAAGAGUAUCUAUUGAGAAGAAUUAGAGACGUAUAG